CGAAACAUUGUCCUUCUCUACAAAGAAUGUCACGUGAUUGCGCGACCAUGCUGCCAGAGAAAGGCGCGUUGGGGUGCGGCUUCUUAUAAGUCUUACAUCACACUCACUCUGGGAACACCACCUUGCAAUCAUGAUUAUCAGGGAAAUGUGACCAUGAUACCUCGAGAAUCAAAGGGUUUUAACAUCACUCAUGAUGAGGGUGCAGCAUCCUCAGAUGACGUCCAUGCACCACCUUCUCCGUCAAGGCUUGGCGGCCACUCCAAGAAGCGCAAAACAGCGUCAGCUGUGAAGGUUGAGUGGACUGACGAUGAAGUCGAUUUGACGUACGAAACAAACAAGAAGAGGAAAGCCAGUGACAAAUCAGUCGCAGGUGAUGGUAAAGAAAAAGCUACCGCGAGACCACCACCGAAAGCGCUCAAAGGCAAAAGUGCAAAAUCUCUAGCCCGGAAGAAAGCCGAGCCUUCAUCUUCUGCGGAGGAUGAUGGGACGCCAGAGGACGCUCUACCUGACUACCUCAAGUUGAGACGUAAGGAGUUCAACCAAGACCGGGAGCGGCUCCAAUUAGCGGGUUUGAAGCUACCUCCUACGUACGACGAAAUUGAGUUUUCUGAAGAUGAGAGCAAUUUCAAGCUUGAAGAAAAGCCCAAGUUCGAUGAGCGAAGUGGUAUCAAGCCUAGUCGCGAGUAUCAAGAUAUUUUUCUUGAGCAGUCAGCCGGAAUCAUACCUGCUUCAAUCGCGCAGUACCUGCGUGACUAUCAAGUCGAAGGUGUGAAGUUCCUCCAUCGUUUGUUCAUCUAUCAAGAGGGUGGAAUACUCGGUGAUGACAUGGGUUUGGGAAAGACUGUGCAAGUGGCAGCGUUUUUGACCGCGAUGUUCGGCAAGACCGGAGACCAGCGAGACGCCAAAAGGAUGAGGAAAUUUCGGAAUUCCAGCGAUAGAUGGUAUCCCAAGGUACUAGUCGUCUGUCCGGGCUCUUUGAUCCAGAACUGGAAGCAGGAACUGGAUCGCUGGGGGUGGUGGGUUACUGAUCUCUAUCAUGGAGCUAACAAGGACGAUGCCUUGGCCGCGGCAAGAGCAGGCCGUCUGGAAGUCAUGAUUACCACCUAUACAACCUACAAGAACAAUCUCAACGCUGUAAAUAGAGUGACUUGGGAUGUAGUCGUCGCCGACGAAUGCCAUUGUCUCAAGGACCCUGCGGCUGAGGUCACCCGAGCCAUGAACGACGUCAAUGCACUAUGCCGUAUCGGCCUCACCGGGACAGCAAUACAGAACAAGUACGAAGAACUGUGGUGUAUACUUAACUGGACGAAUCCUGGAUUAUUCGGGACGAUUACUGAGUGGAAGCAGACUAUCAGUGUUCCACUCACUAUCGGACAGUCUCAUGACGCCACGAUUCAGCAGUUGAGCAAAGCCAGAAAGACGGCACGAAAGUUGGUAGAGAACCUCCUGCCGCGGUUCUUCCUUCGGCGAAUGAAAAGCCUCAUCGCACAUCAGUUACCCAAGAAGCGCGACCGUGUGGUGUUCUGUCCGUUGUCGGAUUUGCAGCGCGAGGCAUACCAAAACUUUGUCAGGGCUCCUCUGGUGGAAUUUGUUAAGAAAGCGUUCGAUGAAUGUGAUUGCGAAUCCGGAAACAAGCGGGGGUGGUGCCAUUACAAGGAGACUCCAGAAGGCGAAACCUGGAAGGCUCUUGUUUUCCCGUGUGUCAUGUCACUGCAAAAGCUUUCAAGCCACCUUACGUUGCUGAUCCCGGCCCAUUCCGAAACCAUUGAUAAACACAAUCGAGACAUACGGUAUCUCAAGGCUGCUAUGCCGGACAGAUGGAAAGAGCUCUAUAGCCAGCGAGAUUCUCUUCUGAAUCUUGCUAAUCCAGACUUUUGUGGGAAAUGGGGUGUCCUGAAGAAGUUGUUGAAAUACUGGCAUGCAAACGGGGACAAAGUGCUAGUGUUCUCUCAUAGUGUCCGGCUACUGAGGAUUCUACAACACUUAUUCAACAAUACCAGCUUCAAUGUCAGCUACUUGGACGGAUCUUUAUCAUAUGAAGAGCGGCAGAACACGGUUGACGAUUUCAACUCGGACCCAAACCAAUUUGUAUUUCUCAUCUCGACAAAAGCCGGAGGUGUCGGUCUCAACAUCACUUCGGCCAACAAGGUUGUGAUCAUGGAUCCGCAUUGGAAUCCUUCAUAUGAUCUUCAAGCCCAAGAUCGUGCAUACCGUAUCGGUCAGGUCAGAGAUGUAGAAGUCUAUCGACUCAUUUCCGUCGGUACAAUCGAAGAGAUUACAUAUGCCAGACAGAUCUACAAGCAACAACAAGCGAACAUCGGUUACACAGCUUCAAAUGAGCGUCGCUAUUUCAAAGGCGUGCAGCACCAACCUGACCGGAAAGGAGAGAUCUUCGGCAUUGACAACCUUUUGUCCUACCAUCCGGAACAGGUCAGGCUCAGGGAUAUUGUCAACAAGACGAACAUCGCUGAGGCUAGAGCUGGCGUAAGCCUUAUGGAUGUAGACAUGGACCAAGCUAUUGAGGAUGCUUCCCAAAGUGGUUUAGUAAAGAAUGAAGAAGACCCUGAUGCCGGUGAUGGUGGACUUGGCCAGCUGGCGUCCAUCUUAACAAAAGAUGAGCAGGACCGUGCGGAAGCAAAGCAAUCCAAGAAGCGCAAGAGUGACGCUGUCCAAGCCAUUCUUGUGUCUGCAGGUGUAGAAUAUACACACGAAAACUCCGAAGUCGUCGGUUCCUCGAAGGUGGAAGACAAGAUCUCUCGUAGAGCAGAGCUCGAAGCUAGCCAAGACAUGAACCCAACCGCCAGAGCUAUUUUCUUCAAUAGCCAAGAUCCCGAUGUCUUCGACGACGUCGCUGACCUUGGAAACCUCAGCUUUCAAUACAAUCCGCCCGAAGAAGUCAUGCAGCGUCAGUUCUGUACCAUGGCAACAACGUUCGGGUUCCCUAAUGCUACUGAGUUAGCAUUGGCCGUGGAGAGCAUGACGCAGGAGCAGCGCAGGAAUACACUUGAACUAUUCUACAACAAGAGACUUGAGCAUCUCAGGCAGUCGGGUCUUCUCAAGUCUGAGAUUAACGAAGAACCAAAAGCAGAAGUCAAGGACGAGAUGGAGAAGGAAGCAAAGGCAGCGGUCAAAGAAGAGCCCAAAGCAAUUGGCGAGGGAGAUCCCGUCUUCCCAGUGGUAAAGGCCGAGGCGAAGGUGGAAAGCACGAGAGCAUCUUUCCAUGACGAUGUAAAGCCGAAGCAGGAAGAGGUACCUGCUAUGACUGGAGGAAAAUUGACAACUUCGAUCUGGAUCUCAGAUGAUGAUGAAGAUGACGAGUUAUGAGUCCUUUUAUGUACGUAUGUUUUGGAAUACGGAUUGAUACCCUUGAUCAUGCAUGGUAUAGGAAUACCAGAACUUUACAUACGCAAGCUUUGUAAUUACAUUCAAUAAAAAUCGAAUUGAUGAUCGUCAUCUCAACUACUGUACCAAUCGGAAUCGCAAUCUUCAGGCCAAUAGUUCGAAAAGCCUA